AUAUGUGCUAUUAGUAAUUGGACUUUAUUCCUUCCAGUAUCGUAUAAAAAGCUACGUCUCGUCUGGAAUUAUCAGUAUAGCGCUUUACGUUUGCUUUGAAAGGUUCGCAAGUGAAGUGGGAUAAAAUGGUGAAGAUUGUGCAGAACGUGAACGUUAUCGUCGCCGUUUCGAUAUUGGCGAUCCUUAGCAUCGUACAGCAAAUUGCGGCAAGGCCAAAGGACAGUCCGUUUCAAAAUUCGCUAGACACAAUCAACGGGUGCCACAUCGACAGCAAAGUGCAGGACACCUGCCAGAGAUGCGCGAAGGUAACGAAAUCGAACGUCGUCUACCCGCUCUGCUGUGGCAAUGAGGACGACGUCUUCGUGUGGUGCCAACGAUACCUGGAGUAUGGCAUCCACUAGUACCUUAUACUCUUUAUUUAUUUAUUUGAUGCAAAGAGCAACUGAAUCAA